AUGAGAAUCUUUGUCGUCGCGACAAUUCUGGCUCUAUCCUUCAUCUCCGUUGCCAACACAAGUGGUCGCGCACUUCGAAACAAUUUGCGGCCAUAUGUUCUACGAAGUAAAUUGCAGCCCCAACUGUCAAGGAAUGGAUUGUCGCGAAGUGGAUUAGAAAACCCAAAAAUUCAGAUUUCUGGCAAGCGGCUAAAAUAUGGUGUUGACAUCGUAAAAAAAGAGGUUCUUCCGUCCGAAGUACGCGAUGCUCCCAUUUCGGUAAGGAAAUGUGCAGCACCUGGUCCCGAUAGAAUAAGACCAGAACACCUGAAGAACCUUCCGCUUGUACUCAUCAAUACCCUGGCGGGAAGAUCCACGUGA